AUGACGAGCUUCCUCUGGAUGUUGAUCCUGGGCUUUGUCAUCGCCUUUAUCCUGGCCUUCUCCGUGGGCGCCAACGAUGUGGCGAACUCCUUCGGCACGGCGGUGGGCUCGGGCGUAGUGACGCUGCGGCAGGCGUGCAUCUUGGCGAGCAUCUUUGAGACGGUGGGCUCCGUCCUGCUGGGAGCCAAGGUGAGCGAGACCAUCCGCAAGGGGCUCAUCGAUGUGGAGAUGUACAACUCGACGCAGGAGCUAAUGGCUGGCUCCAUCAGUGCCAUGUUUGGAUCGGCUGUGUGGCAGCUAGUGGCUUCGUUCUUGAAGCUUCCCAUUUCUGGUACCCAUUGCAUCGUUGGGGCAACAAUCGGCUUCUCGCUGGUGGCCAAAGGGCAGGAAGGUGUCAAGUGGUCAGAGCUGCUUAAAAUUGUGUUGUCCUGGUUCAUCUCACCCCUCCUUUCUGGCAUCAUGUCUGCUAUCCUGUUCUUCCUUGUCCGUAGGUUCAUCCUUUGUAAGGCAGAUCCUGUUCCCAAUGGCUUGCGAGCUUUGCCUGUCUUCUAUGCCUGCACUGUGGGGAUCAACCUCUUCUCCAUCAUGUAUACCGGGGCACCCUUGCUGGGCUUUGACAAACUUCCUCUCUGGGGUAUCCUCCUAAUUUCGGCGGGGAGUGCUGUUGUCUGUGCUCUCGUCGUCUGGUUCUUUGUAUGUCCAAGAAUGAAGAGGAAAAUUGAAAGAGAGAUUAAAUCGAGUCCUUCGGAAAGUCCCCUGAUGGAGAAGAACAGCAGCUUGAAGGAAGAUCAUGAGGAGCCCAAGGUGCCCUUGGGCAGCAGCGUGGGCGAUGCCAAGAGCCCCGUGGCUGACACGGUGCCACCGCAGGCAGCCGUGGAGGAGAGAACGGUCUCCUUCAACCUGGGAGACCUGGAGGAGGCCCCGGAGCGCGAGAGGCUCCCCAGCCUUGACCUGAAGGAAACCAACAUUGACAGUGGAGCCGUGCAGCUGCCCAAUGGCAACCUGGUGCAGUUCAACCAGGCCGUGAGCCACCACAUCAACUCGAGCGGGCAGUACCAGUACCACACGGUGCACAAGGACUCGGGCCUCUACAAGGAGCUGCUGCACAAGCUGCACCUCGCCAAGAUGGGCGACUGCAUGGGCGACUCGGGGGACAAGCCGCUGCGGCGCAACAACAGCUACACCUCGUACACCAUGGCCAUCUGCGGCAUGCCCCUGGACUCCUUCCGCGCCAGGGAGGGCGAGCCCAAGGGCGAGGACACGGAGAAGCUGACGUGGCCCGCGGCUGACACCAAGAAGAGGGUGCGCAUGGACAGCUACACCAGCUACUGCAACGCCGUGGCCGACGCGCACCCAGCUGCCGACGUGGACCUGAACACGGCCCAGGUGGAGAUGGGCAUCAGCAACAGGAAGGGCAGCAGCAGCUCCCUGGAAGAGUGGUAUGACCAGGACAAGCCAGAAGUGUCCCUGCUCUUCCAGUUCCUGCAGAUCCUGACCGCCUGUUUUGGCUCUUUUGCUCAUGGUGGCAACGAUGUCAGCAAUGCGAUUGGCCCUCUGGUCGCCCUCUACCUCGUCUACCAGACGGGCGACGUGGCUACGAAGAGGCCGACUCCCAUCUGGCUGCUGCUCUACGGAGGUGCCGGCAUCUGCAUCGGCUUGUGGGUCUGGGGAAGGAGAGUCAUCCAGACCAUGGGGAAGGACCUGACUCCCAUCACGCCGUCGAGCGGCUUCAGCAUCGAGCUGGCAUCUGCCCUGACCGUGGUGAUCGCCUCCAACGUGGGCCUCCCCAUCAGCACGACCCACUGCAAGGUGGGCUCCGUGGUGUCCGUGGGCUGGCUGCGCUCCCGCAAGCCCGUCGACUGGCGCCUCUUCCGCAACAUCUUCGUGGCCUGGUUCGUCACCGUGCCCAUCUCGGGCCUCAUCAGCGCUGCCCUCAUGGCCCUCUUCAAGUUUGGCAUCCUGGGCGCCUGAG